AUUGUGCCUCAUCUGCUAGCUAGAGCAACGGUGGUCUAUCUAUUCUAUUGGAUUAGAGGAGGGAUUUCACUGUGGUAUUAAUCUGACAAGACAGCAGCCGGCCACCCAGGCUGGACUCAUACCCAGUUGGGUUGUUGUGAUUCCGACACUCAAACCGCUGCUUCACUGCCACCAGGACACAACAUGAACUUGUUUUGCUUCUCAUUGGAGGGUUCAAUGGACAGCCUGUAUGAGGCUGCGCAGACCUCCGGAGACAGCCCGGCCCAACCCAUCCCGAGCCGCUCCUCCAGCCGCUCGUGCAGCCCGGCCCUCCUGCUGGACGACGGCGUGAGGUGGAGGGCUUCUGGAAGGUCUAUUUCUAUGGAAACGACAAUGAGACCAGGCACCAACGCUCACAAAAAGAAAAAAAGAACACAAGUAUCCAAAUCUGCAUCAGACAAUGAAGCGUUGGCAGAUAACACCGCUGGUAAUGCGGCGUUUUGGAAGACUGCUAAGAGCCCAGAAGAUUUAGACCACAUCACCAAUCAUCACAACGAAGGGAUGAAGAAGACAAAGCACAGAGGAAACAACAAAGGAGGAAAAUCAACUCAUCAAUCCGGUCCCAAAAAAAAGGACAAAAAUUCUGCAAGUCAGAACAUCAAAACCAAAGGAGCUGCAACAACAGCAAAAAGGAAUGACAAAUCUGGAAAGAAACUGAUUGGAAAGAAUGGGAAAGAGGGGGCCAAGAAAAGUCACAAUUCCACAGUGUACCCACCCGCAGGAGCCACAAGCCCCUCAAUGGCCCCACAACUCUUCGACGUGCCCUACAGGUCUGACAGGUGGCUCAACGUGGGCAAGUCCUCCACCCUUCCAACGCAGGAACACGCAACUCCGGGCCGCAGUACCGAUAUGAUGAGCCUGCCUGGUGGUGCGACACCUUCUUGGUACCACAACCAGCGCUGGAGCAACCCAUCCUACAACAUUCCCAUCUGGGGCACCGUCCAACACAACUGCUGCAGGCCGUUCACGGAGUAUUUGUACACGGAGUCAUCAUACUCCAAUGACUUCAGCCUCGCUCACGAGAAGAAGAUGCAACAGCAAUACUGUGGUGCCCCGAUUCUCCCAAAGGUGACGCGCUCCACUACUGACUUGGAUCUGUCAGAAGGCAACAGUUGA